AUGGCAGCCCAUGGUGUCGUUCCUGAAGUGAGAGAAGACUCUCGGAGUGAAUCCAUAAACGGAAAGGCCUUUCAUAACGAUUUGAUCAAAUUAGAUAUAAUGCGAGAGUUUCUGGAAAAAAGUCGAGAAAAGGCGGCCCAACAUCAUGAAGACCGUAUUUCUUUAUUAGAAUCACAGUAUUUACUUCGUCUGCAAAAAUCCUCAAAAUUACACACUCCUUCAUUAGAUCAUCGAUUAGCAGUGGGAGUAGAGACACAGAAUGGCAGUAUAGAAAGUCCCCCGAAGAGCAGCACUAGCAACAAUACGAGUGCGAUAACAGCUAAUGUGAGUGUCGUUGAGAUUGAGUUGGAUGAAAGCGAUGAGGAAGAACCACCAGAGAAGAAACACGCAAUGUUGUGGCGGCAGCAGCAGCACCAGAAGCACUCUAACACACUCUCAUCAUCACCGCAAAGCCGCACAGACUCAGACGGUAUAUCACCAGAGAUGUGUACGCCGUUUUCACCACAGGCAGUGACGUCUUCACGCUCUCCUACCACAUCAUUGGAGGAAGUACAUAUUAUGAAAUAUGGAAACAGUAAAAAUAAUAAGACUAAUAAUAAUAAUAAGAAUAAUAAGAAUGGUGGUUCUUGCAGUGUAGAAGAGACACCUGUAGUUAACCCCAAUAAAACGCCUCUUUCUGGUAAGAUAGAUAAAGUAGAUAUGAACAUCAGCAACAGUAGUGAGAAUAUGGUAUCUCGUCUCUCUUACAGGAGCUAUCAAACAACACAAGAUGAGAUGAUCUUCAACUCUGAAGAAGAAGAAGAAAAAGAAAAAGAACAGAAUGUAACACGUUCUCUAAUGCAAUCCUUUGGAAAUCACAUUAAUGAGUUGACACCACAGAAGAGUUCUAACACACCACCUUUACUAUCAACACCAUUAUUACUCUCACACUCUGUUGAUCCACAAAUAGAACCUGAAUUACAGGAGUUUCUCCUAUGGCAAUCUGAGAAGUCUGUCAAACGCCGUGAAUCUCUGCAAAUGGCAAAUAAUAACCGCUCAAAAGUAGCGAAGGUGUAUGCUGCUGCUUCAACCGAACUUCGCUGGCCAUCGCUGUUUGAUGACAGUUCGAAGAAAACACCGGUAAAACCACCACUCACACCAGAAUCUUCGCCUUCACGAUUUAUUUCAUGGAUUGCAGAUGAGGUGGAUUGCUAUGAAGAUUUACUAUUGCACCUAACCCCAACUGCAGAAGAAGUGGAGCGGUGGGUAGUUGACGCCGUCGUUGAUGUUGUUAUUAACAAAUUCACAACGGAGUGCGUUGUCGAUUUUAUACUCCAACAGCAGUAG